AUGGUGAAUAAGAGGACAGAUGUGAGGAAGUUUACCACAGAAUCUGGCGUGUUUCUUUCAGAGGCUUUUGAAAUUGUUGUUCGCCAUGCCAAGAACUACACGAACGCCAUGUUCAAGAACAACUACCCAAGCCUGACCCCUCAAGCUUUUGAGUUUGUGGGUGAAUUUUUCACAGAUGUGUCUCUCUACAUCUUGGGUUCUGACAUCAACGUAGAUGAUAUGGUCAAUGAAUUGUUUGACAGCCUAUUUCCAGUCAUCUAUACCCAGCUAAUGAACCCAGGCCUGCCAGAGUCAGCCUUGGACAUCAAUGAGUGCCUCCGAGGAGCAAGACGUGACCUGAAAGUGUUUGGAAAUUUUCCCAAGCUUAUAAUGACCCAGGUUUCCAAGUCACUACAAGUCACUAGAAUCUUCCUUCAGGCCCUGAAUCUUGGAAUUGAAGUGAUCAACACAACUGACCACCUGAAGUUCAGCAAGGACUGUGGCCGUAUGCUCACCAGGAUGUGGUACUGCUCUUACUGCCAGGGACUGAUGAUGGUUAAGCCAUGUGGUGGCUAUUGCAACGUGGUCAUGCAAGGCUGCAUGGCAGGUGUGGUGGAGAUUGACAAGUACUGGAGAGAGUACAUUCUGUCUCUUGAAGAACUAGUGAACGGCAUGUACAGAAUCUAUGACAUGGAGAAUGUCCUCCUUGGUCUCUUUUCAACAAUCCAUGAUUCCAUCCAAUAUGUUCAGAAGAAUGGAGGCAAGCUGACCACUACCAUUGGCAAGCUAUGUGCCCAUUCUCAACAACGCCAAUAUAGAUCUGCUUAUUAUCCUGAAGAUCUGUUUAUUGACAAGAAAGUAUUAAAAGUUGCUCAUGUAGAACAUGAAGAAACCUUAUCCAGCCGAAGAAGGGAACUAAUUCAGAAGUUGAAAUCUUUCAUCAGCUUCUAUAGUGCUUUGCCUGGCUACAUUUGCAGCCAUAGCCCUGUGGCGGAAAAUGACACCCUGUGCUGGAAUGGACAAGAACUGGUGGAGAGAUACAGCCAAAAGGCAGCGAGAAAUGGGAUGAAAAAUCAAUUCAACCUCCAUGAGCUGAAAAUGAAGGGCCCCGAGCCAGUGGUUAGUCAAAUUAUUGACAAACUGAAGCACAUCAACCAGCUCCUGAGAACCAUGUCUGUGCCCAAAGGUAGAGUUCUGGAUAGAAACCCGGAUGAAGAAGGGCUUGAAAGUGGAGACUGUGGUGAUGACGAAGAUGAAUGCAUUGGAGGGUCUGGUGAUGGGGUGAUGAAAGUGAAGAAUCAGCUGCGCUUCCUCGCAGAACUGGCUUAUGACCUGGAUGUGGACGAUGCUCCUGGGAGCAAGCAGCACGUGAACCCGAAGGAGAACGAGAUCACCGCCUCUCACAGCCUCGGGAACGCGCACUCCGCGCUGGAGCUCCUGACCAGCAUGGUCAUCUAUGUGACCUGCUUCUUCUUCCUGGCGCACUGACUUCCCAGUGCCCAGCACGCGUGCUGCCUGCAGCACCCCGUGGUCCUCCUCUGUAAAGGGAACCACCUUCUUAUUUUUUUCUAUUUUUUUAUCUUAAAUACUUCCUCCAGCCAUUUAAGUAGAAGACUAACCAUGUGUGAUGCUUUCGAAAAUCAAAUGGUAGCUUUAUGAGGAAGGUCAGUUUUAGUGGUAGUAUAGAUCGUCCUUUUGCAAAGAAAAAAAAAAACCUAUCAAGUUGUGCCAAAUUAUUUUCUUAUGUUUGGCUGCUAGAACAUGGUUACCAUGUUUCUCUCUCUUCCUUUCUCUCUCUGCAUGGAUUUCUUUGGAAAAAAAAAUAAUAAACGUUCAAAUAAAAA